AUGUCUCUGACCACCGAGGACGAUCCCGAGCGGAGGGAAGAGAUCCUUGUGGUUCUGAGCUGCUACAACGAGACCAAGGAGGAGCUGCAGCACAGCAUCAGCACGCUUGAUAGAUCGGAGCCCGGCCCCUCGACCCGGCUGAUGGUCUUCGUCGAUGGUCUCCAAGGGCUUGAGCCAGAGGCCAUCAUGGCCUGGCUUCACCAGGCGAGGCAAGGCAAUGACGUCGAGAACCCAGACAGUACCAAGCACGACGAGGGCGCGGUUGCCGUUGCAGAGGACAUGGAGAUCUUGGCCGCCCUCGUUUCCAUCCUCCCACCUGGAAAGGUGGAGGUGGACCACGGCUGCGUGUGCAUUCGCGGCAUUAAGGAGGCUGCUGUGCCCUAUCCGUUCGAAAUCUACGUGAAGGGCAAGGAGUGCCCGCGCUCCAAGCGGGCGAGCCAAGCUCUGUGCAUGUCCAUCCUCCAGGCAGACUUCGAUGCAAACCGCCCGAACCCGCGCGCCCUGCUUCUUCUGGAUGGCGACUGUCGUGUGGAGCCCGCUCAUGUGGGAAGGAUGUACGAGUGCAUGCAGGAGCAGGGCCUCGCAGCAUGUGGGCCCUUCCUUCUCACCAGGAAGUCCCACAACCUCUGCCUCCUGGUGCAGCUGAUGAGGGAUUGGUUCUCGCAGCGUUUGCUGUGGCUUGGUCAGAGUGCCAUCCGAUUCCAGCUUCCCCUCAACGGCUCCUGCGCCAUGUAUGCCAUUGAGACCGUGCGGGCUGUGCAGACCGACUUCUGUCGCGGAGUACGCGAGGAUUCCAUGCUCGACUCAAUGAUGAUUGAGAUGGGAGAGGACAGCUUCAUGACCAACCUCGUCCACGAGAAGUACCAGACCGGUGGUGGCAUCCGGUUCCUACCUCACUGUUGGGCCACGUCUUUCAUGCCGGAGAACUGGAGUGAGUACCUGGCACAGCAGUGCCGCUGGAAGCGCUCGCACAUGGGAAACCGCCUGAACAUGCUCUUCAACAAGCCAAACGCCUGGCUUUGGCAACCCUCUCGAUGGGUCUUCUGGCCGAUCUAUGUCGCCUCCUUCCUGUGGACGCCCUUCCUGGCUCCUGCGACGCUGACGCAACUUGGUUUAGGGUUUAGGGUGUAG